AUCGGUCUUUCCCCCAAGCGCAGAAAAAAAAGCUAAAUCCCGCCCGCCAGAUGCCCGGCCAAUCGUCCAUCCGCCAUCCUGCCGUCCGGCCUUAAUAGCCUUCUAGCUGCUGCUUGCCUUUCUUCGUCGCUCUCUCCUCUCCUCUCCCCUUCCCUUCCCUCUGCUUUCGACCCCCCGUUGGCCCUGAGACUCGACGGCCGUCCCCUCCGCUACAGCCUCAUCACCAUGACCGCCACUACCCGGGAUGUCGAAGCCCUCGCCGUGCAGCAUGAGGCCGGAGCUCUCGACGACAUGAUCGAGAAGAAGGUCUCCGCCAACGAGUCCCCCCCGGCGGAUGACCCCUUUGGCAAUGAGGAGUGCGGUGAGGUCAAGUACCGGGUCAUGAAAUGGUGGCACUGCGGUAUACUGAUGAUUGCGGAGAACAUCUCCCUGGGAAUCUUGUCGCUGCCCUCCGCGGUGGCCACCCUCGGAAUCGUCCCCUCCAUUUUCCUCAUCCUGGGUCUGUCGGGUAUCUCCUGGUACACCGGAUAUGUCAUCGGCCAGUUCAAGCUCCGCUACCCCCAGGUCCACAGCAUGGGCGACGCUGGUGAAUUGCUUUUUGGCCGCAUCGGACGCGAGAUCCUCUUCUUUGGCCAGCUGCUCUUCUGCAUCUUCCUGAUGUCCAGUCAUCUGCUCACCUUCACCGUGCUGUUCAACACCAUCACCAACCACGGCACCUGCACCAUUGUCUUCGGAGUCGUGGGCUUGAUCGUCAGCUUUAUUGGUGCCCUGCCACGCACCAUGGGAAAGGUGUACAUCAUGUCCCUUGCCUCCUGCACCAGUAUCACCAUUGCGACCAUCGUCACCAUGGUGGCCAUUGCCGUGCAAGCGCCCGACCAUGUCCAGGUGGAUAUCACCACCCACCCCAGCUUCGCCAACGCCUUCCUCUCCGUGACCAACAUCGUGUUUGCCUUCAUUGCCCAUGUGGCCUUCUUUGGCUUCAUCUCCGAGAUGGAGGACCCCCGGGACUUCCCCAAGUCCCUGGCCAUGCUGCAGGUCAUGGACACGACCAUGUACAUCGUCACGGCUAUGGUCAUCUACCGCUAUGCGGGCCCCGAUGUCGCCUCCCCGGCCCUGUCCUCGGCCGGCCCGCUGAUGAGCAAGGUUGCCUACGGCUUGGCUAUUCCCACGGUCGUGAUCGCCGGUGUUGUGUUCGGCCACGUCGCAUCCAAGUACAUCUACGUGCGCCUCUGGCGCGGCUCGCCUCAGAUGCACACCAACAGCCCCGCCGCCGUCGGAUCCUGGGUCGCCAUUGCGCUGGGCGUGUGGGUCAUUGCCUGGGUCAUCGCCGAGUCGAUCCCCGUCUUCAAUGAUCUGUUGAGUCUGAUUAGCUCCCUGUUCGGCAGUUGGUUUAGUUAUGGACUCCCCGCCAUGUUCUGGCUGGUCAUGAACAAGGGCCAAUAUACCGCCUCGCCCUCCAAGAUCUUCCUGACCAUCGUCAACCUCGUGAUCUUUGGCAUUGCCUGCGCGAUUUGCGGUCUGGGACUUUACGUGUCGGGCAAAUCCAUCCACGACAGCUCCGCCUCGGCCAGCUGGACGUGCGCCAACAACGCCUAAGAGGCGUGGGCGUAGCGCCUCCCUGUACAGGACGUCCCCCACUGUGGGGAUCUACCACACACAGUCUCCCCCAGAUUAAGCUGGGCUGUCUGGGUUUUCUGCUCGACGGUGUUGGUGUUGAUUGGUUGAUGUGUUUGGGAAACGGGAAACGGAUUUAUGUCUUUGCCUUUUGUUCUUUCUAGCCGGCAUCUGUUUGUGUUUUGUUAGCAUCCACGAUCCCCCAUAUAUAUAUAUAUCU